AUGACGGUCGCUCAGAAAAUGUUCUUCGACUCUGCGCGGAUCAAGCUGAGCCUUAGUCCGCCGCUCGUCUACUUGCUGCCCUCAGAUCCCGUUGUACAAAUCGUCGAGCAACGACCGGUGGAAGAGACGCUGCUCCGCGGACAAGUCUCGGUCUAUCUGCCCAAAGCGAGAGAGCUCACGCUGGACGUCACUUUCACUCACGACAUAGAACUCUAUCCACCAGGAUGCGCGACCGAACGCGCCACAGUGUUCGAGGAGACCUUGCAAGUCGUCAAGAACCAAUUCCAUGUCAAGGGCGAGCACACGUAUGACUUUGUCUUCAUCUUGCCGCCUCACCUGCCAUCAUAUGGCCGAGACGAGUACUGCCGCAUCAAGUCAGACUGCAAAGCAGUUGCCCAUCAUCUGGGGACACUUGGAAUGGAUCUCGUCGCCCAGCAGCGGCCCAUACUGGUCGUCAAUCCUUCCGGUCUAGGAGAACCACCGCCAGGCUUGAAGAUCUCUGUCGAUGACUUCUUGGACGAACUUGGCCCUUACUCGAUCUACCUGAAUACAGACCAUUUCAUUGUCUCUGGCCUCUUGCUGUUUUAUCUCGACAUGCCAGAUCCACCGGCAGACGUACCCCUCAAAUCUAUUGGCCUUUACAUCGAUCAGUAUACCACUCUGACUUCACUCAAGCAUUUCACGCUGGCUCCUGUCGAGGGCGUACACCCUGUCAUCAAUUGUCCAGUUCAGCGUCGCCAGCUCCUUCUACUCGACGGUUCCGAGCACAAACGGAAUUGCGAUGAUGCCGAAUCAGUUCCCAUUCCUCUCACUGCUACCAGACAAUCUCCUGCAAACAAGACAACGGCCAAUUGCCCCGCAGGCGAUCAAUUUGUCUGUCAUCUAAUGCAAGCUGUCAAUCGGCAUGGCAUUCCUGCAGUGCGCAAAUCAAUGGCACGAGACCCGGACCAUGUUCCCAUCUUUGAUAGAGAUCUAGACGAGCUCACCGAUGCGAUGAAACGACGCCUUGCAAGUCACGGUGGUCUCACAUUCUUGCGGCAAGGCAGGCCCUUCAGCGCUAGACACCUGGUCAGGCUCCCUUCGGAGUAUGCUCUCCGGCCAACCACACACGCGGGUACGAAGACGCCCAUUCACGUUCGUCACGAAAUUGCAGUCGAGAUUAGAUAUGUCAACGCUCAAGGCAAACCAAGAGUGUUGAAGAUCAACAAAGAAAUAUCGCUCGCAUCGUGCGCGUGCAUGGUCGAAUCCCUUGUGUUGCCCAUGUAUUCGCCGAACGAUCCAGGCGAAGCGGCGAAAAUCGACUAUACAGACUGCAUGCACAAUUGUGCAUGCGGCAGAUCGUUUGUCAAGAUGGUAGACGACAAGGCCGACUGGGUCUACCAAGAAAUGUCUAGCUGUGACACCUCUGAUGGAAAUGAUGACACUCCCGAUCCGGAUGCGGUCAAGCUCGCAUAA